AUGUUGAAGCUUGAACUGGGGGACUCGCUUUGCACCACCUUUGCUGGAGCAGACGGUAGGAAGCCACUUCGAAUCAAUCGUGCGAAAAUUUGGAGAUCGUACCGCGUGAGGCCACAUUUCUCUCUCUCUUUCUCUCUAGUAGUUGCGCGGCAUCAGAGGCAUAGAUGUACAUACGAGGAGCUCGACCGCAAUAGCAACACGCUUGCCCGCGGGCUCCAAUCAAUCUCUGUUCGGAAGGGUGACCGUGUGGCUGUCAUGCUCGGUAACUCGAUAGAAUAUGCAACCUUGACAUAUGCCCUUUACAAGCUGGGCGCCAUUCUGGUCCCCUUGAAUCCUUCUUUUAACGCAAAUCAAGUUGCCUCCGCGUUGAGCCAUCUGGGAGCAAGCCACUUGAUCAUCAGUGCUGAAGCAAACCUACCACGUCGCCAGCCUCGCGAUAAUACACCUCUUAUUAGGCACAUUGUCCCCGGAUUGAAUUCUGCGUCAAACAUUCAAUCGGAAUUGAUUCCAACACUGAGGCACGUAGUUGUCGUUGAUAAUUCAAAUGGCCGAUUUGACAUCACUCCAUACAAAGCUCUCACGCCUUAUUCAUCUAUAAUUUCUAACUAUCCGGAAGAUUGGCAGCAAUUGCCGGACCAGCGACUCUCACUUCACGAUAUAGUGAACAUCCAGUUUACCUCUGGAACAACAUCCAUGCCCAAAGCAGCCUGUCUGACACAUCGUUCAAUUCUGAACAAUGGCACUCAGAUCGGCGACCGAAUGCGUCUGACAGAGAAUGACAUUGUUUGCUGCCCGCCACCGCUAUUUCACUGUUUUGGAAGUAUUUUGGGGUUCAUGGCAACAGCAACACAUGGCUCGGCCAUUGUAUUUCCAUCAGAAUCCUUCAAUGGGUUAGCCGCUCUCCAGGCCGUGCUCGAAGAGCGCUGUACAGCAUUAUACGGCGUACCAACUAUGUUCAUUGACGAGCUGGGUCUCCUGGAGCGGAACGAGGUCGCUGAUCAUGACGGCUUCCCAUUUCUUCGUACUGGCAUUGCAGCCGGGAGCAGUAUCCCCGCGGAGCUGAUGCGAAAGUUGCACAAGACUCUAAACCUGACUGAGUUGACUAUCUGCUACGGCAUGACGGAGACAAGUCCAGUGUCUGCGAUGACGACUACUGAUGACCCUCUGGAGAAGAGAAUCACUACCGUGGGACGACUGAUGCCGCAUGUCGAGGCCAAGGUCGUGGAUCCAGCAAACCAUAACAAAGUCCUACCGAUUAACGUCAAGGGCGAGCUGGCCGUGAGCGGAUAUCUGUUGAUGAAGGAGUAUUGGGGCGCUCCCGAAAAGACAGCAGAGGUAAUGCUUGCAGAUGAGGAUGGCAAGGUUUGGAUGCAUACCGGUGACGAGGCAAGCAUGUCUUCCGACGGCUACAUAACGAUCACAGGCCGAAUCAAAGACCUUAUCAUCCGAGGAGGAGAAAACAUACAUCCUCUCGAGAUUGAGAAUUGCCUUCUGGCACAUCCCGCUGUUGCGGAGGCUUCGGUUGUAGGGGUUCCAGACGAGAAAUAUGGAGAAGUCGUGGCUGUAUUUGUGGUUCUUUCUUCGUCCUUCUCACUAUCGAAUAGCAGCAUAAAUUCAGAACGUCGCCAACAUGAUGAGGAGCAGGAUCGGUUCGAGGAUGAACUGAGGGCGUGGGUUAGGGAAACCCUGAGUAGUCACCUAGUGCCAAAGUUUGUGUUCUUUCUUCCUAGCUCAGAUGCCUUUCCAAAGACUGCUAGUGGUAAGAUUCAAAAGUUUAAGCUCAAAGAGCUUGCGAUUCAGUUGUUGGAGAAGCAACAGAAGGGUGCGAAAAUGGGGUGA